GGAAAUCGUCAAAACUGUUGCACAUUCACAAUGAAGAGUUUGGAUUUGUUUACAAAUGCUUCUGUCAUUAGAGGAGCCAGCUCGUUUCUAUAUGAGCGAUGAAGUCCUUUAACACAGUUUUCGUCACUGUUGGCACAACGAGGUUUGAUUCAAUGGUGGAUGCUGUGUGCAGUUCAGAGACGCUCCAAACACUACAUAAUUUAGGAUGUACUCGCUUAAUUGUUCAGUACGGCGCAGGUGACGAGAGUUCGGUCCAUGGUGCUAAGUUGGACGGGAUCAACGUGGAGAGCUAUCGACUGAAACCCAGCAUUACUGAAGAUAUCCAGAAAGCCGACUUAGUUAUAAGUCACGCAGGAGCUGGGAGUUGCUUAGAAGUCCUGAAGGAGAAUAAACCACUUGUUGUGGUUAUCAACGAUGAGUUGAUGGGGAAUCACCAGAUCGAAUUGGCUGAGCAGCUGCAUCUCGACGGGAACCUUUUCUAUUGCUCUCCUCAGGAUUUAAGGAAGACGCUGACCACUUGUGAUUUUGAUGGGUUGAAGCCCUACCACAAAGGUGACAUGACGCGAUUUGUUCAUUGUUUAGAUGAACUAAUGGGAUUCAAGUAGUUUUUCAAAGAUUUAUUAAAUUUGUUGUAAAGACA